GGUUCUGAUGGAAGAGCAAGGAGGAGAAGUGUGAGAUCUACACGGAAAUCCAGACAAACCCUGCGCGAUUGGGUUGGAAAGUUAACGCAGCUUUUGAUAUUCCUGUAUGUGAUUUCUCCAUUUUCUCCAGUCCCCUCUCGUUCGUCUGUCUGUGAGGGUGUGUUGGACCUGAACGGCGGCCAUUUACAUUUAGCCCGGUUCAUUCGAACCUGUGUAAUUUGAACGACCGACGGAUACCAUAUAACCGAAUAGCCUUAGAAGCAGCAGCUCAGACUGAAAUCUUUGUGUAUAGAGAACAUACCGGUCACCCGGGUCCACACUGCACUCCGACCGGUUUCAACAACCGUGGGUGAAGAUGGUACCUGUUUUUCUGUUGGUUGCCUCGCUUGUCAUCGGGGCUGACUUGAGUGAAAGUCAUUGCCUGCGAUCUGAUAUCCUGUGUAGCAUGGCGGAUUAUCAGGUCCGUCGUUACAAAGACUCGGUCUGGGUUGGAACACACGUGCAUGUCAGCAUCAGUCCCAAAGUUAACGACUUCAUGCAGCUCCUAAUCCGCUACACAAGAGGGGAAAACUCCGCAGGAUUGUUGAUCCAAAGCAAUGGACAAUUUCUCAUUUCAUUCACCGGAGAUGGAGAGAUUGCAAUGUAUUUGUUGCUUCCCGAAGAACUUUGGGAAAACCCUCCAACACCAACGAGCCCACAAACGUUUAUAACUCGUUUCCGGACAAUGGACGUGUUCUCCAGGAGGAUUCAAUGGGAUGCCAUGUCCCAGGCAAAGGACUUCAAUCGCACGCUCAUUGAGCAGAAUGUCAAAUUCAACAACUCCUUCUUCUUCGUGUCUUUCUGCAAAGGGUACGCCAAACGCAGCAUACUUCUACCUUCAGGAGAUGAUGACAAUGUGAGGUUUGGCUUCAACUAUCCACUUGCAAUAGAGAAACCUUCUGAAUCUGACGGGCACGGCGAACGCUCCAUAUCUGCAUUAAUAAGAGCUCCGGGCGGUUACGGGUUUGGCUUCAACUAUCCACUUGCAAUAGAGAAACCUUCUGAAUCUGACGGGAAAGACGAACGCAGAACACCUCCACCACCUCCGGAAGUUUUACGAAGGCGCAGCAAACGCAGCAUCGGUCUAUCUCCUGCACCUUUGGUCAGAGGCGGGAAUUCUUUCUGGGGACCAGAAAUCUCCUUCGGUGGGGUCUCGUAUGACUUCAGCUCCAUACCGGAAGGGAAGGAGGUCUGGUUUGUUGCCACUGGCGGAGUGCAUUGCCCAACCCUGUGAGGACGACGAACACGCUCUGGAUCCGCCACCUUGCUUCGCAUCAAGCAGCGCUUUCGGCACGCUCUCCGCUAAGAGGCGUUAUCAUGCCGCUAUUCAGUACCCAUGAUACUGGCCUGAUCACGCAGCCUGGCAUCGGCACCCCGUAACCAACACGUGACUGAUUAUCACCCACUUUCAAAAUGACUGCAGUGAGGCUAGAUUAGGAGCCAGGUUCUGGACUUUCGGCAGUAAUGUUCAUCCACUGACCCAGGGACAUCAAACCGCGUUGCUAAGGGAAGCGGUACCGAGAAAAUUGUGCCCAUGUCGGCCUGGGGCGCCGCUUCCCGGUGAACAUACAGAUGUGUCCUGUCCUGGGGUCCUUUCCAUUCCUGGUGUAACAGUGGGAUCUGUAACACAUCAAAGACUCCGGGCCACGCAGGUAGACGCUUGCGUUUCGACCGGACGUCUAUGCCUCCUCGGUGACACACACUGGGCAAACGGGCAGCGGAUGUUCGAUAUAAUUCAAUCCUGUGUCCAUGUUGCGGCAGCUAUUCUCAAGUGCUCUGAUUAUGGGAAAGGGAUAACGUAUUCCGGUGUUCACGGCACAUUCUCUGGUCUUGGUACUGACUAUAUACUCUCCUGCUGAUCGUUGCCUCGCCGGCGUAUAGCCGUUGCCCUGUCUAACUGCAUAAUUCAGUAAAACUGAUCCUAUUUGCAUUAAACUGGUCUCC